GAGCGACGGGGAGGGAAUUGUGUGUGGCCGGUCUCUCGAGACUUCCCCAAGCGUGCCGGCUCUGACAGCAACCAGGAGUGUGGGCUUCUCCUCUAGCUCUCUUCAUCUACCUCAGAGAGAGCCGCAUCCCGCACCCUCUGGGCUUACACUGAGAAAGGGAAUUUGCACCUGCUGCUGCUGUGAGCGCUCCCUUCUAGAGGGCCGGGCAAGAUGCACACCACACAGAAGGACACUACCUACACCAAGAUCUUCGUCGGGGGGCUGCCCUAUCACACCACGGACUCCAGCCUCAGGAAGUACUUCGAGGUCUUUGGAGACAUAGAGGAGGCGGUGGUGAUCACGGACAGACAGACCGGCAAGUCUCGGGGCUAUGGCUUUGUCACAAUGGCAGACAGAGCCGCAGCUGAAAGGGCUUGCAAAGAUCCCAAUCCAAUUAUAGAUGGCAGAAAGGCAAAUGUGAAUCUUGCAUACCUGGGAGCAAAACCACGGAUAAUGCAGCCAGGUUUUGCAUUUGGUGUUCAGCAGAUUCACCCGGCACUUAUACAAAGACCUUUUGGAAUCCCUGCACAUUACGUUUACCCACAGGCUUAUGUGCAGCCUGGAGUCGUAAUUCCACAUGUCCAGCCGACAGCUGCUACAUCCACAAGCCCCUACAUUGACUACACCAGUGCUGCCUAUGCACAGUACUCUGCUGCUGCCGCUGCUGCUGCUGCCGCCGCAUAUGAUCAGUACCCCUAUGCUGCCUCUCCAGCUGCAACAGGAUACGUCACCGCUGCGGGUUAUGGUUAUGCAGUCCCGCAACCACUUACAGCUGCAGCACCAGGAUCUGCUGCUGCAGCGGCUGCUGCCUUUGGUCAAUACCAGCCACAACAACUGCAAGCUGACCGCAUGCAGUAGCACUUAGACUUUUGAGCAAGUCAAUCACUCUCUUGUUUUCAGCCAUCCUGUUUCAGUAGAUGAGACCAUGUACAUUUAGGCAAAUGGCUUUAACUAAAAUUGAAAAAAAAUUUUUUUGGAGAGCAAAAGUAUUCCAGCUUCUCUAUGCAGUACAUAUCCAUGACUGGUGUACAUGUUGAUUAUCAAGGACAAGCUAAUAUACAACUUGAAAAGAUUAUUAAUUUGAUACGGCACAAUGAGACUUUUUGUAUCAGGGAAAGAAACUGCCUUUAACUAAUCUAGGAUGACUUUUUCUGUAAAUAGUAAAUUCUUUUUUUUUUUCUAUUUUCACAAAGCUUCUAAACCAGGGAAAUAUCAGCAAUAUGUAGCCUGUUCAGAGUAAAACAUGGGCAGCAGAGACAGUCGCGUCUUCUCAGUGCAGCCUUUUUUUUUUUUUUUCUAAAGUGUUCAUGGUCUCAGAAUGGGCAUGGAAGAACAUGACCUGCUGGUCACAGGAUGGGCAGGCACCAAAGCAAUCUUCUUGUCUGUCCUCUACAUGAGUGGAACUAUAUGGAGCAAGUGAUGUGGAAUUAACAUGUGCAACAGCUGUACAGACAAUCAAUAACACAGACCGUUCUGGAGAGAACACAUCACUUGUGCUUAUUUGAUGAGCUUGUCACAUUCUAAUCCCUCUCCCCAUCCUGUUUCGCUUUUGGGAAACUUUGAACCGCUGGUGUCAGCUUUUCUGCUUCUGAAACGGGAUCAGUCCUUUACUAAAACAGCCUUCUAUUUUAUUACUCCUAUUCAUAGCUUGCAGCCUACAAAAAAAAGCAACUUGCUAAGUUUAACCCUUUAAAGAACUGGGGGAUUUUUCUUUUUGUUCAUCCCCUUGGUUAAAAAAAGGUAUGACGUUGCAUUGCAGUUUUUUAAAGGGUUAAUUCAAAAUGGUCUGUACUGUGCCUUAACUGUAAUGUUAUUGAAAGAAACAUAUAUUUAUUUUGAAAGUUUUACUACAGUGUGCUCUGAAGAAGGGACCUUUAGAUGCAACACGAAAAUGAUGUAUUCAUCUCAUGGUAUAAGUUAUUUAAGUAAGUUUAGAUGUAGUAAAUUAAAAUAUUAAUCUAUUCAACUAAAAAUGUUGACCUGGAUUUAUUUAAAUUCUGUAUGUGCACUGUAUAAUGAUAUCCCUAACUUAACAUUUAGAAUUUUACAUUAAAUUUGUUUAGCUUUAUUAGCUUUAUUAUUUUUUUUUUCUCCUUUCUGACGACCCCUCUUGCGCAAUAACACAAAACAUUUAAUUUAUACGUAGGGGGUAACUUCUGAAUUUUUUUUUUUUCCUAAUUAGUAAAGUGCUGCUUUACACAACAAACUUGUAAAAACUGCAAUACUUGCAAUUUUUAUUCUUGAACUUAAGUUUAAAUAUUUUACACUGUAAUGGGUUUUUAUACUUGAAAAAAAAAA